ACCUGUCCUUUAGUUCCAGUUCAAACCGACCCAGGCUUCAAGGAACAAUGCGAGGAGCAAACAAACCUCUCUUCUGUGAUAAUUCAAUGGACCAUUGAACUCAUGGCCGCCGAGCUUGUUGAAGAAAACGCCCAAGACCCCUAUGCAGACGGUUUGGCAUUCACCGACCUCAGUCAGGUCUCCUCCACCUUGUCCUCCUUCUCUCCUCCACAUCCACCACCACCCAGCCCUCCGCGCGUCCAAACGCAAAACUCGAAGCCACUUUUGGCCCGUGGCCGCCGUCGGACGGAUGUGCCAACGUCAAACGUCUCAGCACCACCCGUUCCACCCGGCCUUAAUCCAGCCUUUUCCCCACACAUGCCGCGUAUGCUUUUUUGGCCAUUAGCGGAAAGGUUUCUUUGUGUCUCACUACGCUAG